AUGGAUAGUCUAGAUAUCGAGAAGAGGACUAAAGUUAGCAAGGCUUGCGAUUACUGCAAGAAACGGAAGUUCAAGUGCAGUGGACAAGCUCCUUGUGAACUAUGUUUGAAAAAGCAAAUUGAAUGUCUGUUCAAUAUAGUUGAUAGAAGAACAAUCAGGAGGAAGAAUAAGAAACGAGAAGUGAAACCGAAAGCGGCGUCACACGCGAAUCAGCAACUGUCGUCAUCGUCUGCCGUAUCAACAGCAUUAUCUCAUACUUUUGUUCAUAAACACUUUAAAAAUGAUAGUCAUAUUGAUAAGAAUACUUUGAAGGUUUUGAAACAAAAGAGCAGAAUACCUAUUCACUUUCAGCCAUUGACUAUGUUCCCGUUACAUAAAAUUGACGGUAAAGUAGUGGAAGAUGAGGAGGAUGAGGAUGAGGAUGAGGAUGAGGAGGACGAGGAGAAGAAGAAGAGGAAAAAGAGGAAAAAGGAGGGAGAAAAGGAAGAGGAGGAGGAGGCGGCGGCGGCGGAGAACAAGAAGGAGGAAGAAGAAGAAGAAGAAGAGGAACAACAACAACAACAACAACAACAAGAAAAAGAACAUGAACAACAACAACAAGAAGAAGAGGAUGGGGAAGAGGGGGAGGAGAAGAAGAAAAAGAGAAGAAAAAAUAUAGAGAAUGAAGAGAAAAAGGAAAAGAAGGAAGAGAAGCAGAAGGAGGUGAAGAGCAAGGAAGAUGGAAAGGAAGGAAAUCAAAAACAGCCUUCUUUUCAUCAAACCGUUGUCAAUAACUCAAAACAAGAGCAUACCAACACAACGCAUUUAUCCCAUAAAGGAGAUUAUCAAGCUUCAAUAAAGGGUAGACCACAAUUCACAGCUAAAGAAGGAACUCAAGAAGAUAAUGCCAACGACACUCUAAAAAAUGAUUCAAUUCCAGAACAUGGUGCCUCGCCACCCGCACUGCUUGCUGAAACCUCAGUACCUAAUGAAGAAAAUGCUCCUAGGGCUUUAUAUGACUCAGGAGGGAACCUCCGCUAUGUUGGAGAGUCUUCACCGCUUUCAUUUUUGUUUGAAUGUAGACAUAUCUUUACGAUACUAAUAGGAGAGUCCCAGUUUACUUCAGAAUUGGACUCUUUUGAAGUAUUGGAUGAACCAGAUGAUUUUGCCGAGAUUAUCCAAGUUGCAUUACCUAAUAGAGAAACAUUGAAUCACAUAUUGAGGCUAUUUUCAGUUAACAUUAACAAAUCAUGUUAUGUAUUUGAUGCAAAACAUUUUGAAAGCACCAUUAUUACUCCAAUAUAUACAAACUAUUCCGAAUGUUCAAUUAAGCAGAUUGCCUUAAUCAAUCUCACAAUAGGUCUUGGUUUGUUAUACGCUGAGUUGAUCAAGCAUCCUCUCAUUUACCAAUUACAGUCUCCACAAAUGAAAUCAUCAGCAUAUUUUGAGUAUGGAAUUUACCUAACCAAAAAGUAUAUGAAUAUAGGAAAAUUAUGGAUAACAGAAGCAUUUUUCCUUGCGACGUGCUACUAUCAAACCAAACAGCAACGAAGUACAGCAUGGUUGAUGUUGGGAGUGUCUAUUAGAAAUGCGCAAGCACUAGGUUUACAUCGUAAAUAUAUUAAUGAAUCAUUUAAAGAUCGUGCAUACAUAAGACAUAGAAGGAGGUUGUUCAAGAGUCUUUAUGUUUUUGACCGUAUUUCAUCGGUACUACUAGGACGACCACUUAUUAUUGAUGACUAUGACUGGGACGAUUUUCAAAGUGAGGAUAUAUUUGAAAAAGAUGCCGAGGGAAAUGAUAUUGACGAUACUUAUUUGAAAGCACUUCUUGAAACUUGUCGACUAGCGAAAAUAAUUGGAAUAGCAAUAAAGAGCUUUUAUGUUGAUGGAAUUAUUAACCCUUAUAAAGCGGAAAGAAUUGCAAUCGAUAUCAAGGUUUGGUCCUUGAAUCUUCCUGAAAAGUUACAAAUUGAUAAGGUGAUGAACGAUACAGAUGAGCCGGUUGUUACUACAGCCGAUGAAGAAACAUCAAGUUCGUGGGCUGAUCACAAGGAAGAUACAAAGAUACCACUCUUGAUGAUCCAUUUGUCUCAAUUAUAUGCGAUCACGCUUUUGUCUCGUCCAUUUUUUAUGUAUGUUAUUUUCAGAGAUAAAAGGGGUAAAAGUCUUUUGAAGAGACCCAAGAAUAGACAAGAGAUUGCAAUGUGUAAUUUCACCAGGGCAACGGUGAAAGCAUCGAGUUUAAUCAUACAAUUACUAGAGUGUUAUAUUGAUUACAUCAAAUCGAGAUCUCACCGAGUUGAAACGUAUGGAAUUGUUCAUUGUUUAUUCAUGGCUUCUUUGAUAAUAGGUUUAUCAAUAUUAUGUGUUGAAAUGAAUAACUAUAUCCAUACUGAAGGGUACAAUACUGUCAAAUUGAUGGGAUUUUUGAAUUCUUCAAAGAGGGUGUUUGAAUUUUUUCUGGGUACCAAUCCCAUGUCCAAUCGAUUUUACAAUAUAAUUGAAAAAAUGCAACGGGCAUUGAUGAACAAAUUUGAUUUGGACGUCUCAGGGCAUAAAACAUGUUCUAAGAAUAAGCUGCUGAGCGACAAGGGCAGGUCUAAUUCGAAAUCCCUGAGAAAUCAGGAAACUGAAAAACAUAAAAAGCAGAGAAAUUCGGUUAAAGAACAAGUGAAAGUCAAAGAUGAGCCAAGUGUAUUAUCAAAACCACAAAAUGCCACAUCAAAUGAAGUAUCCCCUUCCAAUUCUAUCGGUACUGUUAAUACUCCAUCAACUUCAACAAGUUCUGAUUACCGUACAAAUGUCAAUGAGGUUGAAUAUUACAAUUUCAACAAGGAUUAUGACAACUUUAUUGAUUCUUUUGGUUCUUUAUUACCAAUGGGACAAAUAAUGGCUGGAAGCGAUUUUGCAAGUACAUUUUUCAAUACUACAUUAUCACCACAAUAUCAACAACAACAACAACAACAACAACAACAACAACAGCAACAACAGCAACAACAACAACAACAACAACCUCUACCAGUACUACAACAGCAACAGCAACAGCAACAACAGACAUAUCCCCAACAGGCACAGCAUUACUACCAGCAGUCAUUACAACAGCAGCAAGCAAACAACCGAGGCCCUUCAUUGAAGCCCGGCCCAAGUAGUAAAACGGAUUUGAUCUACGAAAACAUGCAAAACUUGAACCGUUCUUAUAAUAAUUCUGCUUUUUUUCAACUGAACUAUUCAGUGAUGUCAGAAAAUGGUAAUGGUAAUGGUGUGUGUGAUUCUAAUAACACGGUGAUUAAUAAUGGCAACGGAGGCAAGAAGAGAAAUAAAGAUGCAUUGGACGAUUUUAUGUAUAGUGUUGGAUUGAAUGAUUUGUUAUAUGAUGCAAAGAUACAGCAGGACUGA